UUCUUGCACAAGUUAAUGCAAAAGCAACGAAUUAAAUAAUCAAAUCUCUUAUGAAAAACUGUUCAGCUUAAGUUUGAUUAUGUCAAGACUCUCGAAAAAACGUGGCUCAUUAAGUGAUCAGGCAUACAUCGACGAUCUUGUGGCUGCGCUGUCUUCGGAGCAGAUCGGCGAAUUGAGAGCGGCCUUCGAUGCCUUCGACACUGACCAAAGUGGCAGUAUAGAUGCCAGUGAGUUGGGACAGGCCAUGAAGAUCAUGGGCAAACACAUGAGCGAACGAGACUUAAAAGAAAUCAUCGACAAGGUAGACGAUGAUGGUAGUGGUGAGAUAGAGUUCAGUGAGUUUUUGGAGAUGAUGGUGGCCCAGAUGCACGAGGCAGACGACACCGAGGCUGAAGUGAUGCGAAUGUUUCACGUCUUCGACAAGGACGGAGACGAGUUCAUCGACACUGCUGAACUCAAAUUGAUAUUUAUGAAGAUGGGCGAAAAAGUCUCUGACGAGGAAAUCGACCUGAUCAUUGAAAAGGCAGACAGAGACGGAGAUGGGAAAAUUGGGUGGGAGGAUUUCUACAAGCUCAUGAUGGACUGAAAACAUUUCAUUAUUUUUUCACUGUAAAGAUUCACUUAUACUUUUAUUUAACAAUGACUAUAAUAGAAAAAAGCCUUCUUCAAAUAUGACGAAGACUAAAACCAUAGAACAUGU